AUGUCCUCUACCACAGACACGAAAAUCACCGCCAAAGACCUCCCGCGGAUCCUGGAACAUGACACCAAGGUCAAAUUGGCAGGCGUCGAUGUCGACGGCCAGCUGCGCGGCAAGCUAGUCUCCAAGAAAAAAUUCCUGUCAAUUGCAGAGGAUGGAUUCGGAUUCUGCUCGGUUAUUUUUGGUUGGGAUAUGCAUGACCGCACCUACUUCAAGGAGCUCGCGAUCAGUAACAAGGAGAACGGGUACCGGGAUCUGGUCGCAAUCCCCGACCUGAACAGCUUUCGUCGCAUUCCCUGGGAGAAUAAUGUGCCUUUCUUCCUGGUGAGCUUUUUUGAUCCGGAGACGCGCGAGCCUGUGUCGGCGUGUCCGCGCGGGCUGUUGAAGACAGCGCUCAGCAAAGCGGAGGCUGCGGGGUAUCGCGCCAUGGCGGGAGCGGAGUAUGAAUUCUACCAGUUUCGUGUACCGGGUGAUUAUCCUACCCCCGAGCGCAGUGCUUCCGCAACCGCGGUUUUCCUAAAAGAGAACCCGGCCGAGGCGUUGCCUCCAUUGACCGAGGGGAUGUUUGGAUACAGUAUUACGCGGCCGAUCCAUAAUCAAGAUUACUACUACGGGAUCUUCGAUGCAUGCGAACAGUUCAACUGUGAGAUCGAAGGGUGGCAUACGGAAAGCGGGCCGGGGGUGUUUGAGGCCGCCUUACAGUUUGGCGAGGCGAAACAGAUGGCAGACAAGGCUGGGCUGUUCAAAUAUGUGGUCAAAUCCAUCGGCGCCAAACACGGCAUCACUCCAGCAUUCAUGGCUAAGCCUCGUGAGGGCUUGCCUGGCAACAGCGGACACAUGCACAUCUCUCUGGUCACCGAAGAUGGCAAGAAUGCAUUCCUCCGCCCUACGCCUGAUCCCUCUCCGCCGUAUCCCGAUGUCGCCUACCUUUCCGAUCUGGGAAGACACUUCCUGGCGGGUAUCCUGACCGGUCUGCCGGACAUCAUGCCUCUGUUCGCGCCGACCAUCAAUUCCUACAAACGACUGGUGGAGAACUUCUGGGCCCCGGUCACAGUAUCCUGGGGUCUGGAGCAUCGGGCCGCUUCCAUCCGGCUGAUCACCCCGCCCACCGCCAGCGCAAAGGCAACUCGAUUCGAGGUCCGCGUUCCGGGCGCGGAUGCGAACCCACACUUUGUUCUCGCAGCUAUGGUCGCAUUGGGCUGGCGCGGGGUUGAGAAGAAGCUGGAGAUCCCUGUGCCCCCGCUGUCGCGGGGAGAAGACAUGGGUGGUGCCCGCGAUCAGGGCGUGCAACUGGCCAAGUCGCUGAAGGAGGCCACGGCUACAUUUAUGCGCAAGGAUAGUAUCGCCCGCGAGGUGUUUGGGGAUGAGUUUGUGGAUCACUUUGGUGGCACUCGCGAGCACGAGGUGCGCUUGUGGGAGGAAGCAGUCACAGACUGGGAGGUGAGACGGUACAUCGAAACAGUUUAA